AUGUUGGAGAGACCGUGGGACGCAAGUUACGUUCCAGCGACGGCGUAUGGUGCACAAGUACGACAUAAGGUUCCCAGCACCAGUAGUCAUGUACAUGUCUAUGGCGCACAGUAUCCGUCGCAGGCGCAACCUUCUACCUACAACAGUUCAUCAUAUGCCACCUCUUCACAGUACAACAAUAACAUUUACAGCUCAUCAUCAUCGCACCAAUACCAAGCUCCAAGUUUACGCCAUUCGAAAAGCCAAGGGAAAUCUUCAAGCGGCUCGCAGUUUGUUCGUAGGAGGACAAGGAGAACAAUGAAGGCCUUACCCGACGAUGUAUUGGCAAAGAUAUUUCGAUAUGCUAGUCAUGAUUCCCUCCAUUACGAUCGUAAGGGCCGGAGCCAGAUGAUAUACGGCAGACAUACUCUGCUUUGUCUUGCACUCGUUUCCAAGCGGUUCCACUGGAUUGUCACACCGCUCUUAUACGAGCGCUUGGAGAUACACCCUCAGAACGAAGCCCUCGUCAGGGAAACUCUUAUAGAGGACCCGGCUCUCACAAAGCACAUUCACCAUUUGCGGGUUCAAAUGCCAAAGAGGUUUCGUACCUGGGUAAUGAAGUACAACUUCUCACCUAUCAGCUUCGAGCUUGUAUCCAACUAUGGUACAGACUUGGACAUUCUACAGCAUUUCAAAAUAGAUCCUUACAGUCUCAAACGGCUGCACAUCGGAGACACCAUGAGUGUCGAUUCUCGCAUGUGCAAAUAUAUCGCCAACAACUUUCCAAAGCUCGAAGACAUCACCAUCGAAAGCCCGGUUUCAUUCCAUUCCCAGUGGAACUCCGACGGACUGGAGCGGACCGUUUCAUUCUUCUUCCCACUGCGGAGAUUGAAACAUCUUCGGCUGCACGUUAAUAUGAACCCCAGCCGCACCGCUAACAUUCCACCGGAAAGUACUUGGGCAGAUCUCGUUCAUUUCCUUCCAAAGGUCCCGGAAAGGCUUCAGACCCUCACUUUUGGGUCCUUGGGCAAGAACGAAGAAUACGUCUCUGUUUCGGAUUCCCUCGUCAGAUGUGUUGCGUACUCUAGUAAUCCGCCAUCUAAACGCAAGGGCGACAAAAGGUUGAACUCAGACGGCGUUUGGAGUGGCCGUGGCUCGAAAUGGUGGAAAAUCGAAGUCCCUGGAUAUCUCAAGGACCGAAUCACGGUCCUCGAGCGCUGGGGCGUACGACUUAAACUUGAUGAACUCUACCUCUACUAA